CCUGGCGACGUCGAGGUCACGGUCAACGUCGUGGUUAUCAGGCACGCGGACCCGUUACGUCACAGUGGCAUGUACGAAUGCCAAGCUAGCAACAUGUACGGGACUCGUCUGUCGUCUGCUCAGCUCAGGAUCCUAUCAUUCGCUCCAUACUUCGAAAAAAGGCCUGUUGACGAUUCUCAAAUGGCAACAGUAGGUGGGAACACCACCAUCAUCUGUCAACCGGAAGCGUCCCCUUUACCGGAAAUCACGUGGUUUCACAACGGCGCUCCCAUGAAUCUUGAGCGUGGAGCGGAAGGCCGCGUCAUGCUUCUGGAGAACGGGAACCUGGUGAUCACUGCGAUCCAGGUGUCUGACCAGGGUCACUACACGUGCACCGCGGAGAAUGUCGAGGGCAAGGCGUCCAGCACCGGGUAUCUCAAUGUUGUGACCCAGACAACGAUAACGGUGCCGCCCCACGACACCCACGUGGACGUCAACAACACGGCCUUCCUGCAGUGUCAAGCAUCCUUCGACCCCAAACAUCACGAUGUGGUCUACUUCUGGGCUUUUAACGGCUUCCCCAUCGACACUGACCAUGACCCAACCUUCCGAAUGUCGCUCCUUCAUGGUGCCGUGGGGCUCUACGUCAUCAACACGCAGUUCGAACACGACGGGGAGUACACGUGCACAGCCAUCAGUGUCGACGACAGCGCCUCCGCCUCCGCCUACCUGACUGUUCAAGGGCCUCCUAGUGAACCUGCAGGGAUGCAUGGCUACAUGAAAAACAUGGAGGUCCAUCUUCUUUGGACACCUGGCAGUAACCACGGAGCAGACAUUCUCUUCUACAAUAUAGAGUACAUGUCGCUGAUUAACCCUGAAUGGCGCACUGUGUACACUAAGCUGUGGGCUACAGAAAUUAUAGACGUGGACUACCCAGACAAGUGCAGUUACUCCAUCUCCGAUCUCUCACCGGGGUCAUCCUACUCCUUCCGGGUCACGGCAGUCAACCGGUAUGGACCUGGUGUGCCAAGCCAGCCUUCACAUGUCAUCAAGAUACCUGAUGCGCCACCAAGAAAGGCCCCCGAGGAAAUUGCGAUCACAUUCAGCACAGCUGGAACUCUGGCGUUUAUGUGGACCGAACUGAGUCGGGAGGAUCUGACCGGAAAUGGAGUGGGCUAUAAGAUGUACUGGCGGAAAAAGUCUGAAGACAUUGUAAGAGAUGGUCUUUGGCAGACGGGGGCGAGAACUUCUACACGCCGUACGAGGUCAAAGUCGGCCGCCUUCAACGCCUUGGGGGACGGUCCCAACUCAACAGUCUUUGUCAUCAUGUCGGCGGAGGAUUUACCCAUAGCGGCACCAAGCAGCGUGCACGGAGUGCCUUAUAAUGGAACAGCCAUCAUGGUCGAUUGGAACCCUAUGGACAAAAGCCGAAAAGCUAUCAGGGGCAAAAUUAUGGGCUAUCAGAUCAACUACUGGUGGGAGAAGGACCCCGGGAUGCUGAUGUCCAGUAACGUAUGGUGUGAAGAUUGUGUGUCGUCACUGGUCAUCGGCCUUCUGCCGGACGAGAGCUACUGGGUCAACAUACAGGUCUUCAAUGUCGCCGGGCUGGGGCCAAAAAGCGAGGACUACUUCAUUGCCACUCCGCUCUGGCCUCCCUUGAAAUACCCGGAAUACGUGUCAGUAAGUUCUCUCGGUCCCCACAGCGUCUUUGUGCAGUGGAGGGGGGUGCGCAUUGGACCCAAGGAGGAGGGGCUCUUUGGUUACAAGUUGUGGUGGUGGAAGGCGACGGAGAACAUUCGAUCUGCCAACAUCAGUGUUGUCAAUGGUUACCGCCAGAACACGGCUGUCAUCGAAGGAAUCCAGGAGGGCAUUGUCUACGUUCUGCGAGUCUUGGGCUUCAGUUACGCUGGGGACGGCAAGAAAGCUCCGCCGGUCUUCUUUACCCUGGAGGGAAUGGUAAUAUAUAACCCACUGACCACAGAAAUAAUUGCUGGAUCCAGUCAUGUGACAGGUUCAUGGUGGAUUUUUCUGCUAAUGUACCUUACAACCUGGCUGAUAUCCUGAGGCAACCAAGGAACUGAAACAUUAAGGAAAUUUGGUGGGUCUCAUCGCAGGACAGGAAUUUUUUUUAGCAGUUUGUUGGAUAUGUUAUAGAAGGAAAUUUUGUGGCUGUACAAAAACUGGUUUGAUCUUACUUGAGUUGGUCUUGUUUAUCCAGUUAAUCCAGCUACAUAGAUUUAAUAACAAUCACAACUGCUAGCUUUGACAACAUGUGCACGUGGAAAGCUGAAACAAAGUGCUUAACUAUUGACAAUACAUAUCUGGUAUGUAUGUCUGAAGAUUUUCUGUUUUACUGUAAACUUUGGCAAUGUUAUGUUCACAAUGCAGUGUUCUCUCUAAAAUAUAAUAAACUGUGCAUAGCUUAAAAAAAAAGUGUGCAUGAAAAGCUUAUGUACAUAUCACUCGGAUGUUCUGUGUUGGGUGGUGCAGUGUAGUGAACUGAUAUUCAGUCAAAGAUCAAAGAUUAUGCAACUUAUAUAUAAUCACUGAUACUAUUUUGAGAUAGAGCAUGGUGUGCAACGUAUCAUUUUACAUUAACUACUUGUUAUUUUAUGAAACAAAAACUUUCAGCUUAUGCAUUUUUAUUAAUAGUGAAACAAUAGAGAAUUAAGUAACACUAUUGUUAUCAAGUGUUUGUAAAGCCAAAGAUUAAAAAUUAAAUCAAUAGACUCCACAAACCCCUCAACUUUGUACAGCAAAAUAAAUUCUUCUUAUAAGCAAACAAUCUUCAUUUAUGACACAUCAUUUAAGAAGUUUUAUUCAGCUUGGUCUAUGUGUAUUUUGUUAUUCCAUACACAGCUUUUCACAACAAUUCAUAUUGGUUUGUAUUAUUCUUUCUGCUGUCAUCAUGAAGAGAACAACAUUAAACUGAAUUUUCAUGAUG